ACAAAAUAUGGUUCCAUUUUCCGUUUAAGGAAAGAAUUAUGUGGUGCAUAUUUUUCUUUAUCCUCACUACACGACUGCGCCUUUCUUAAUAAUUGUGUCAAUUCCACUGUGGAACCUUUUAUAGGACAGAGAUAGUAUGUAGAGCAUGAUUAUCAUGUUUACCUUCCAACUGUUUGACUUGCAGCUUCUUGUAUUGCUUGUGAAUUUGCUUUCAGAUAGAUAGCCAUAUAAAGCGUCUAGAUGAAGAUCUUAACAACUUUGUAGAAGAUCUCAAGCAAGAAGGGAAAUUGCCAGCAGAUGAGCCAGCAGUUCUUCCUCCAUUACCUUUCAUCCUCAAAACUGAAAAGCGGAAACAUAUGUAUGGAACGCCCCAAUUAAAAAGACCUCAAAAUAGGGAGAGGGAUUGGGACCGCGAGCGUGACAGGGAUUUAGAGCUUAUGCCACCUCCUGGAGGUCUUAAAAGGGAUUUCUCUUCCCCAGUUGAUAUCGAUCAACCCAUUGAUCCAAAUGAACCCACAUACUGUGUCUGCCAUCAGGUAUCAUUUGGUGAUAUGAUUGCUUGCGAUAAUGAAAAUUGUCAAGGAGGCGAAUGGUUCCACUAUGCGUGUGUCGGGCUCACGCCUGAGACCAGAUUUAAAGGCAAGUGGUAUUGCCCAACCUGCAAACAGUAACCACACUGAUCAGACAUGUCAAUGCACUUGUUGGCACAAUGGUCUAAUGUAUUGGACAGGAGCACCAUGGAAGGGAUUAUUUUCAAUUAUGCCAUUCCUCAUGUGAGUUGGCGCCAAGUUACUUCGAUAAGGCUUAGUUGUAGUUCCAUGCAACUCUUGUGUAUUUAUGCCUGGUCUAAUCUUGAAGGAAAAAGAAUUCAUGGAUUGCUCAAUAAAGCUUCUUCUCUUGUUGUCUCAUCUUUGUUAUAAUUCCCAAGAGAUAAUGUCUUAAGAUUAAACAAUUGUAAAGUAGGUUGCUUUUGUAUAUUGAGCUUGCAAGGUG